UUUGUCAGUAGCUAAGGCUGGAGAGGAGGAUUGAGACUCCAUAGCAAAUUGCUAGUUAGUUCUGUUAUCAGCUGCUGGAAGACCUUAGGUUUGGAGCAAGGUGGUGUUUUUGUAGGUGCUGCAUAGACUUGUGACAGAAAGGCAGUUGCGGCUCUACAGCGGCUGCAGAUCGGGGCAGAAGAGCUAAGGCGUUAUGGUGCUGAAGGUUCAUGAGUCAGCUGGCUCUUAGCCCGGUGGUUUUGCCGCUUGCCUGUGGUCAUUUGCAAAUGUUGCUUUGUGCUUGAGCAACAACAGCAUGGUGAGCCAAACAUCAGCUGAACUAGCGGAUACCAUACCCUGCCUCCCUUUGCCCAUCUCUGUGGACUCUGCUAAGCCAUGGUCCCAGCACAGGGGAGCCAAGCAGAAUAUUUACAGCCAGUUGUUUGUUUCCUUCUUGCUGUCGCUUAAAGCACCUUGCAGUGGCAGAACUUUAUUAUACUUCAAAGUUUCUUGUUACAGGCCCAAACAGGAAGAUGGAGUGUCAAAAAAUUACCAAUUUCGGAAACCAGCUUCUUCGUCGGAAAAAUGUGGAUUGCACUCGAGAAGACAGUCGCCUCUCGCGAUGCCUUAAUACAUUUGACUUGGUGGCUCUGGGUGUAGGCAGCACUUUGGGUGCAGGUGUCUAUGUACUGGCUGGAGCUGUGGCACGGGAAAACGCGGGACCUGCCAUCGUUAUCUCCUUCUUGAUUGCCGCCUUGGCCUCAGUGCUGGCCGGACUCUGCUACGGAGAAUUCGGUGCUCGAGUUCCUAAGACGGGAUCAGCUUAUCUCUACAGCUACGUGACUGUGGGUGAGCUGUGGGCCUUCAUCACAGGGUGGAAUCUAAUCCUCUCCUAUGUUAUUGGAACCUCAAGCGUGGCCAGAGCUUGGAGCGCAACGUUUGAUGAAAUCAUAGGGCAGCACAUUGAAAAAUUUUGUAUUAAAUACAUGACGAUGGAUGCUCCCGGAGUGCUAGCAAAAUACCCAGACAUCUUUGCUGUGGUGAUAAUCAUCAUCCUAACAGGGCUUUUAGCUUUUGGUGUGAAAGAAUCUGCCCUGGUGAACAAAGUGUUCACCUGCAUCAACGUCCUUGUCCUUGGAUUUGUCAUGAUCUCCGGCUUUGUGAAAGGAUCUGUUAAAAACUGGAACCUGACCGAACAGGACAUUUACAACACCAGCCACAGCAUUUUCAAAGACAAUCAAACACAGGAAGGAAAGCUCUACGGUGUUGGAGGGUUUAUGCCCUAUGGAUGGAAAGGAGUUCUCUCAGGGGCAGCCACGUGUUUUUAUGCUUUCGUGGGAUUUGACUGUAUUGCUACUACAGGUGAGGAGGUAAAAAACCCUCAGAAGGCCAUUCCUAUUGGCAUUGUGGCAUCUCUUCUCAUCUGCUUUGUGGCUUAUUUUGGCGUGUCGGCUGCCCUGACGCUCAUGAUGCCUUACUACCAGCUGGAUACCAAUAGCCCUUUACCCAAUGCCUUUAAAUAUGUGGGUUGGGAUGGAGCCAAUUAUGCAGUGGCUGUCGGUUCCUUGUGUGCACUUUCUACGAGUCUCCUUGGCUCCAUGUUUCCGAUGCCUCGAAUAAUUUAUGCUAUGGCAGAAGAUGGACUUCUCUUUAAAUUUUUGGCUAAAGUCAACGAGAAGAGGAAAACUCCCUUAGUUGCAACAGUGACAUCAGGAGCUACUGCAGCUGUUAUGGCCUUUCUCUUUGACUUGAAAGAUCUUGUGGACCUCAUGUCCAUUGGGACCCUCCUGGCUUACUCCUUGGUAGCAGCCUGUGUGUUGGUACUGAGGUACCAGCCUGAGCAGCCUAAUUUGGCAUACCAGAUGGCUAGGUCAACAGAGGAGACAGAUAACAACGAGUCUGUGAGCACCAGUGAAUCGCAGGCUGGGUUUCUGCCAGAGGAAGAGGAGAAGUUUUCCAUCAAAGCCAUACUGUGUUCCACAGAUUCAGAUCCUUCCAAAUUCUCUGGUUUGGUGGUGAAUGUCUCAACCUUCAUCAUUGGUUUCCUUAUUGUGGGUAUCUGUAUCCUGACUUCCCUUGAGCCAAACAUUCUGAUAAACACUGUACAGAUUAUUGCUGCCAUCCUUGUUGUCACUAUCAUCUUCAUUAUACGGAAACAGCCUGAAAGCAAAACCAAACUCUCCUUUAAGGUACCUUUUUUGCCCUUUCUUCCUGUUGGGAGUAUUUUUGUGAAUGUUUACCUCAUGAUGCAGCUAGAUGCAGGCACAUGGAUUCGGUUUGCAAUCUGGAUGCUCCUAGGCUUUAUCAUCUACUUUACCUAUGGAAUAUGGCAUAGUGUGGAAGCCAGCUAUGCAGCCUCAGCAGAAGUGGAGAGAAACACAGACACUGGCUCAGACAGCUGUAAAUGACUGUUUGGCUUACGGGCGACUGAAAGAAUGGCUGCAGUGAAAGACACUUUGUGGUGGGGAUCCCGAACCAGAUGACACCUGUAAUCAGUUAUGCAGGAAUAAGGAAGUGGAAUGCAGGCCUCCCCAACAGUUACUGCAGCCUGCAGUUUGUUUAGCAGCACAGUUAAAAGGGACCACAAGAUAAAAAGACACAACUCUGGCAUAUUCCCAGCAGCACUGGCAGCUCAUCUGGGGCUCUUCCCUCUCUCCCUCUCCUGUUUUUUGUUUUUUUUUUUCCCUGGUGUGUAGAAAGAGAACUGCUUCUGUGUGCAAAUGCUGCUAAGAAACCAGGCCUCAAAAAUGUCCUUCUUUCAGUAGUCCCGGGAAUUACCUCCCCACAGAUAUUCUACUUGAUUAUGGAGCAGAUUUUGCAGUGCUACUGUCAGGCAUAGACCAGGAUCCAUCCUUCACCCUAUAUGAGCUGUACCCUCUGUAUACAAACAGAAAAAAACGAAAGGUUCUCACCAAACACUAUAUUUCACCAGGCUAACAAAGCACCUGCAAGAUUUGCCUUCUUUAAAGUAUCAGGUCUUACCUUUUUUGUUUUAUUUAACUGGGUUUUUUAGCUACAUACUCACGUGCUUUAAAGCAUGUCACUGCUGUGAAACAUUGGCAAAGUUUGUGGUUGCUGAUUGUCAGGUGAGUGAUUGCUUGCCAGCACACAGGUAACACCAGCAGGUGAUUCUCCCAACUGUAUGCUCCACAGAGGAAUUUCCAACUUUAGUCAGGAAACCAUGUGGUGCAAGUACUGCAAAGGCUUGAAAACAACGUGUGUCUCCAAAGAGCAGUUCUGCCUCUUUGCCUCAGAAAUCACCACUGGUGUGGCUGUAGUGGUGGGGGUGGCCAGCAGAACCGAGCUAGCUGUGACAGAAAGUGGAGCCCUCUGUUCCUCCCCCCACAUCAGUUUUGUGUGCUGGCUGCCUGGCAUUAGCAACUUUGGUUUGGCAUUGGUGGGUGGUGCACAUCCCUGCCCUGGGAAGGGAAGCACAGGAGGAUCCUCAGAGACACAAGGUUCUUAACAGGAGCAAUGCCUGGUGUCUGCCCCCUGCUCAGGGGAAGCUGUGUUGCUGUGUACAGGCUUCUCAGUCCUGGCAGAGCCUGCAGCCCAGAAAACACCAUUAAGCUCUAGGGUCUGAUUUGCUGAGGGGAGCUUUCCCUUUGGGGCUGGAGAUUGUCUCCAGAGCCUGCCUGUAGUGAAAGGUGGGAAACUUGGAGUUGAGACCAGGGUCUGUAUUUGAUUGGCAAUGCCUUGGCUUGGGCUCUAAGGUGUUUUUUUGCUUUAAUUCUCUCUAACAGCUUUCCCUAGCCAAAUUAAUCCAUUACCCUAAAAAGGCUUAUUAAAGCACUGUGAAGGUGAGCCAUGCCCAAGUAAUGCCACUGAUUUAAAUUAACACUUCAGCUUGUACUGAAAAAUAAAUCAUAGAACUGUGGAAUGGUUUGGGUUGGAAAGGGGCCUUUGAAGAUCAUUUGGUCCAGCUUAUCUGACAUCAACAGGGAUAUCUUUAAGUAGAUAGAUAGGGUUGCUCAAAACUCUGUCUAACCUGCUCUCAAAUACUUCUGUGGCCAGAGCAUCCCAGAUAGAUGCUGCAGAAAUCUCCUUUCCCAAUGCGAGUGGAUGCUUUCCUAGGUGUCCUUCAUACUACUGCCUCUGAACACUGGACAAUCUUUAAUUUGUUUGUCAGCAUGGCUCUUGCUGAUGAAGCAACAGGCUUUUGUACCUGUCAUUGAGUUGGAGAACUGAACAAACUGAACAGACCCCUGCAUGACUUGCCCAGGGUCUCACCAGGCAUUUGAUGCAGCAGAAGGGGGAAUCAGACUAUCUCCUGGAUUACAUGGUUGGAUUUUGGACCAUUUCUUAUGUUUCCAAGAGACUUUAUAGCUUUUCUGCCUACUGAAGGGUUUUAAUCUUUUAAUUCUAGUACACUGGGAGGCUUUUCUUGUCAGGAUUGGAAUUUGAGGAAGUGAAGGCAAUGUGUUCAUUGCCUCUGAUGUGCACUUCAGGGUGUUUUGAGUGCACCUUGCCCCACAGAAUGAAGUUGGGGGCCUGCUCCAGUCGCUGCGUCUUGACCAUCCACCACGCCUUUGCUCCUUGUGCAUAUACAAAGUCUUAUUCAAGCAGGGAGAGAUGAAUAUAGAAAUUAAAAGCCAUUAAGUUGAAGUCUAUUUUGUUUAAACACAGGCAAGGUCAACGUACUCCACAGCUUCCCAAAAGGCACUGUAAAUGUGGUGGGAGGGCAACAAGAUGAAAACUAAGACAGGAUCAAAGUUUCAGAUUGUACUAAAAAUAUAAGGAUGUUUUUCCUACCUGGCUACCAGCUUCUGUUCAAUGAAAACAUGAAGCUUGUGUCCUUGCCAAAGCUUCAUCUGUGUUGAGCAAGCCUGGUGAAAAGUCUUUCAGGAGGAUGUUGUCAGGCACAUUCCCAAGGUGGUAUAUGACCUGGUCCCUUUUUAAUCCUUGUGGCAAAGCCUGAGAAGUUCUGUGGCUCUCAGCAGGAGGGCAAGGUGAAGGGGGCAGGGGAUGGGAUGUUGAAACUGAGUGAACUGGAACAUUGAGGAGUUCAGGUGUUUGCUGAUGAGCCUGAAUCACUGGCAGAAAUGUUCCCAUUACCGUAUGCUGCAGCAUGGCACUUUAAUGGAAACGUUCACAAUCACUGUUCUGGGAGCCCCAGUCAUACGGGAAGCAUCCUAGAAAAUGAGUCCAUGGAAGCUCAUAGCAUGUGAGCCUUUGUUACGUAACGCAGCUGACCAGCCCUGCUUCCAGGAAGCUUCUUUACCUUAAUGGGGUAACCUUCUAAUGCAGGGGGUUUUGCUUUGUUUCCCAUUCAUCCCAGUUUCUGUGUGCACAGAAAACACAGCAGGACCUGCUGAUCUGUAUGCGUCAGCCCACAGGUGCACUGGCGCAUGGGUUUAUUAUCAGGAAUAUAUUACACUUAUCUGUACAUCAUACUUGAAAUAAUACAAACUCUUCCUGUAACCAUUAGCCACAUAAUAAACGGGACCACAGAACUCCUGCUGCAUGGGAAACUGUACAGAGGCUCCUCAGAGUGUCCAUGGGACACAACCACCAUCAGUGCAGAGACAAAAUACCUGAUUUUGCACUUGAUAGUUUUUCCUUUCCUCCCCCCCCUGCCACCACCACAAGCCUUUGCUGCUGUGCAUCAACUGAGUCGACCCAUCUGUGCCAGCAGUCACUGGAGGUGCAAUCCCAGUAGGGUGAAAUGGUACCUUCCCACAAUAAAAAGGAGUUUUCCAUUC